UCCUGUUAUUCAUGCAAUCGAUAUUUAAUAAGGAAAAGAAGGAAGAUUUUAGAAUAAAACUGGAAAAGGAGAAUAUGGAAAUCUGAAAAAGAAAGCGAAUCGAAAAAAAAUGGAAGGGACGAAAUAAGAAGCGAUGACUCACGAAGAAGUGAAAGGCAUCCCUCUCCUCUGAGAAUUGUGAAUCUGAAGCCAUGGAUCUCGCAGGAUUCGUCGAUAUCAACCGAUUUUCGUUCGUUAGUUUGGGUCUGUCGGCCGAUCGAUUCGUUUAUUGUGUUGUAAACCCUGAUCGUACGAAUAAUCUGUUUUCUUUUUUCGAAUUAAUAAAAAUAUUAAUUAAUUUAACACUAAAUAAAGAUUAAUUAUUUAAAAUUUUAUACUGUUUUAGAAACUGAAAAAUUGUCGUUUUUUUUCUAGAAAAAUUUUCCAUGAAGUAUUACUAAUAAAGAAAUUUUUAUUAUGGAUAUGUGGCAAGAAAAAUAAAUUUAUAUGGAAGAAUAUUUGAUUAGUUUUCUCCGAAAUAUUAAGAGUUCGAUGAAGAAAUUUGAAGUGAAUAUUUUUUUCGUACAAUUAAAAUGAACUUUUUGUGAAUUGUUUUAGUGAUAUUAAUUUCUUUUUCUUUUUGAUGGUCGAAUUAUUUGUUAAUUAUAAUAGAAGUUUUGACAAAGAUUAAAAAAAAAAAAUGGAAAAUGAAGUUACAUGUAUGGAAAAAGACUGUUUGGUUCAAAGAAGAAGAGCGAUGUUGGAAGAAUGUUCUCAUAUAAUUGGGGUGAAUGGCGUGGCUCGUUACAACAGAGAAGCGUUUAAACAACUUUUGCAAGAUUCGACGUUGAUGGAAAAGUUAUUCUCGUUAUUCGAUCGAAAUGGAGACAGAAUAUUGACGCAAGAUGAAUGGAUCGAAUUUUUAAAGGGAAGAUUGAAAAAUGAAAAAUCAAAUGAUCUCAUCAUUCAAUUCGAGAAUGUUGCCUAUUCCAUAUGCUGUGAUAAUCCAGUAACUUUUGAGAAAUUUCAACAAAUAUUUUCUACCAAAGAGAUUGUAGAUAAAUUAUUUCGACGAAUCGAUGAAGAAAAUUUGGGAUACAUCACAUCCUUUCAAAUCAUGGAAUUCCUCUCAAACAUCAGCGAUACAAGGCCGCUCGCUGGAUUCGAUAAGCGAAGUCUGGAAUGGCUGGAAAAGAUCUUCAAACAGACGGUGGGCAACGAGAAAGAAAUUAGGCGCGAAGAAUUCAACAAAAUCGUCACUUCGAAGAACCCGUUCUUCACCGACAGAGUGUUCCAAAUUUUCGACAAGGAUAAUUCUGGAACGAUAUCUCUUCAGGAGUUCGUCGAUGCUAUGCAUCAGUUUGCAGGAAAAAGUCCUGACGACAAGAUAAAAUUCUUGUUCAAGGUUUACGACAUUGAUGGCGAUGGAUUGAUACAACUUCGCGAGUUGGAACACGUGAUGAGAGCUUGUUUGGAGGAAAAUGGAAUACGAUUUAGCGAGGAACAAAUCGAGGAAUUAACCAUGGCUUUGUUCGAUGACGCUGAUCAAUCUAAUCGAGGUGCCAUUACUUUCGAAGCUUUGAAGAAACAAUUAGAGAAACACGAAGGACUUUUAGAGAAUCUUUCAAUCAGUAUCGAUCGAUGGCUAGUACCACCAAAACCAGAAUCGAAGAGAAAAUCACGCUUGCAAUUCCUCGCUUCGUUGCGUCCUUAUCAAUUGACGAAGCCAUACAUGAAGAACAAUUACGUUUACAUCGUUUUCAUCUCGAUCUUUAUCCUGAUCAAUGUGUCUUUAUUCGUGUCGAGACUCUACGAGUACAGAAAGUCCAAUGGUUAUGUUAUGCUUGCUCGUGCCUGUGGUCAGUGCUUGAAUUUCAACUGCAGCUUCAUCCUGAUUCUUAUGUUGCGUCAAUGUAUCACCUUUCUACGAACUCACGGUUUCAAUUCUGUAUUGCCAUUGGAUCAACAUAUUUAUCUGCACAAAGUGACUGGAGGUUUAAUCUGUAUCUUCAGCAUAGUUCACACGUUGAUGCAUCUUCUUAAUUUUGGUACUAUUGUUAUUUAUGAUGAAAUUCUUAAUCACAAUAAUUAUACAUUAUCCGAAUGGUUAUUGACGAGUCGACCUGCUCUGUUUGGACUCGUAAGAGGCUAUGCAAAUCCGACUGGAUUCAUUCUUGUCAUUCUUUUUCUUAUAAUAAUGAUAUGUUCGAUGUCGUUUGUUCGACGUGGUGGAUGUUUCGAGAUAUUUUACUGGUCACAUUUGUUGUACGUACCAUACUGGAUAUUAGUCAUAUUACACGCACCGAAUUUUUGGAAAUGGUUCAUAGGACCAGGCUCAAUAUAUUUGUUGGAAAGAAUACGUAGAAUUGCCUGGUCUCGUUCACAAUUAGGAAAAACGUAUAUAAGCUCAGGUCUUCUUCUACCGUCGAAAGUCACGCAUUUGGUUAUCAAGAGGCCUCCACAUUUCGUUUUUCAUCCCGGUGAUUACGUUUUUGUGAAUAUUCCUGUCAUAGCUCGUUACGAAUGGCAUCCAUUCACUAUUAGCAGCGCUCCAGAACAAGAAGAUUAUAUAUGGCUUCACAUUCGAGCAGUGGGCGAAUGGACCAAUAGUCUUUACUCAUACUUUGAAAAGGAGCAGAUGAAACUUCAAAGGGAUAAUAUAUUUCCAAUUGAGAAUCGCAGUAAUCCAAACAUUUCUGAAUUAAUAUCCAUGAAUGGAAAAGUGAAUGAGAAAUUUCUUUCACCCAUUCCAAGUGGGAAUCAUCGUAGUUUUGAUAAUCCUGUAUUUGUUUCUGAUGAUGAAAAAAUAAUACAAUCGCCUCAAUCUGCAAUUGGUAUAACGGAUGUUAAAAAAAUGUCGAACAACCGGAAGCUUCAUUCAUUGCUCGUUAGUAAGAUGCCUUUGGAGAAAUCUGUGUCUGUACCUGAUAUGCUAGGGAAAAAGAAAAAUGAUCGAUUAAUUGCACUUCGUGAUUAUACAAGAUCAGAAUCAGAGAGAAAUUUCAACGAACGUCAGAUACGCGAUGCACGUUUGAAAUCCUUAAAUGAAAUCUAUUCAAGUCCUCAGAAUAAAGGAUUGGCGCAAAGUUUUCGAUACAUGAGGAAUAAACCCACUAUAAUUGCUUUCAAGACUCCAAGUUUGGAAAAGUAUGAAUUGGAAUCAGGCGACAAAAAUACAACACAAGAAUACAGAAGAAAACAGUCCAAUAAUUUAAACACGAUUCAAUCAGCAGCAGAAGAGGGUAGAUUGCAAAUGAAAUUCGAAGAAAAUUCAAAAAGGAACCAUAACGAUAUUGAGUUUGACUCAAUUUCUCAUUCAUUGAACUAUACUAUUGGAAAACCAUUGGAGAUUUUCUUGGAUGGACCAUACGGAGCUCCUUCAAGCCACAUAUUUCAAGCUCAACACGCAGUUUUAAUUGCAACUGGAAUCGGAGUCACACCUUUUGCUUCCAUAUUACAGUCUAUCAUGCAUCGUUAUUGGAAAGCUAGGCAUACUUGUCCAAAAUGCAAAUUCUCGUGGGCUAGUGAAAUUCCUCCUACUGUGAUGCAUCUUCGAAAGGUUGAUUUCUUUUGGAUCAACAGAGACCAACGAUCCUUCGAAUGGUUUGUAAAUUUAUUAUCUCAAUUGGAAAUGGAACAAGCAGAAUUAGGUGACGCCAUGGAACGUUUUCUUGAGAUGCAUAUGUAUAUCACCAGUGCUUUACAAAAAAGUGACAUGAAAGCUGUAACUUUGCAAUUGGCUAUGGAUUUGGUUCAUCAAAUGGAAAAACGGGAUCUUAUAACAGGUUUGAAGACACGGACGAAUGCUGGCCGACCAAAUUGGGAUAAGGUGUUCAAACAUCUUCAGGAUCAGAAGAAAGGCAAAGUAACGAUUUUUUAUUGUGGUCCACCACAAUUGGCAAGAAUUUUACGUUACAAGUGUGAUCAGUUUGGAUUCAAUUUCAGAAAGGAAUCAUUUUAA